AUGUGGUGCCAGGGCAAGAAAAUCCGCAGUGCAAAAGAUGCAAGUCUGCACGUAUCCAAUCCACCGGAGUGCGCCGAGCCGAGCAAGGCAAAUCCUAAAAUACGCAAAUCAUCACCCUCCCAGCCACAUUCUAGUCCGACCCAGACACCCUUGCUUCCUUUACAGCGGUUCGAUGGGAGUAAUAGCGACCAAAGCGUAACAGCAGCCAACUCCUUGACUCUUUCCGCGUUUGAUCGAGAUUGUCUCAUCUAUCUUCAAGAUUCGACAUUGGUGGUUCUUCUAGGCAAGCAUUGGCCAUGGUCUGCUGUUUCUUAUACAUAUCACAAAAUCGCUGUGAAGGAGCCGAUGGUCAUGAGUAUGAUGCUUGCCAGUACAGCUAAAGAAAUCCAUCGAUCACGCCUUUAUGACCAAGAUGUCUUACCAAUUCCUUCCUCGAAUACUGAGACAUGUGCACCAGAUGGAUCAAUGCACUACGGUCGAGCUCUUGCGAGUCUACGUCACGCUCUGAAACAAGAUGUCAAGUCUCCACAUAAAAUCGAAGCUAUUUUUAUCACACUUUGGCUUAUGAUCGACUAUGAGAAUCGGUUUGGCAGUGGAGCAUCUGCAAUCAACAUCCAUAUUCGAGGAAUUGAAACUAUUCUGCAUAAUCACAUUGUACCUUUACUCCAAUAUCAAGCGUCGGGGCCUGACAAAAACGUCCAAUCUCAGCUACCUUCGUCGCCAGCAAUCACCCCCGAUGGGUUCUCGCCUCGACAGGUGUCCCCAGAAACUCAAUCGGAUAAUACGUCAUUGAAUACAAAGGCAACCCCGCCGAUGCUCUAUUCAAAUCCAAAUUCACUGGACACUUUACGUCGGACUUCUGUACCUCUCUUCCUCCUUUGGACCUUAUAUUUCUUUACCCCGGCUGCUCUUUUCUUUGGUCCUGGAACGGGCCGACUAGACACGGAUAUUUUCCAGUUCUUCUUGGGUGAAGAUGAUACCGGACGUGGGCCCUUGGAUCUACCCGAGCUAUACAGAAUCAGCAGACAGUCCCCUGCUCGCUUCUGGGGUGAUAUGUACCCCAUGUCUGCCCAACUAGAUGACUUGGAGAAUCAGCCGGGUCUUGCAUUGUAUCACCGAAGCCACGUUUUACAAUUUAAAAUCACUGAAUUGUUCAAGCGUGGCCCUCCAGCUGAAAAUACUGUUGGUUCAAUCUCACCAUAUCAACAUCUCAUUCAUGAAAUAAAUAGACUAUCUGUGGAAUACGAUACCCUCCUCACCUCUGCGAAGAGCUCAUCAUCUUGUGAAUCAAUCGGAAGCGAUCGACGGGUCAUGGAAACGGUUUACUGGGCAAGCAUCACAUUUUACAGCACAAUGAUCUACUUCCAUCUUUGUUUCCAAGAAGUUUUGAAUAAGGGAUCUAGCACCCAGAUCCAUGGCAGCUUUAUGACGCUCAGUACUGCCGUUUCUCACGUCCUGGAAUUGAGUCUCAAGCUUCAUCGCAGCCGACCACGUCUUAUGGUCCGAAUAACAUGGCCGUUGUUUAUCGCUGGCAUUGCAACGUCUGAUCGCAUAUAUCAAGACUGGGUUUCGAUCCGGUUACGAGAGCUGAGUCGAUAUGGUCAAAAUUAUGGACGAAUCAGCAAGAGAUUUGACGAAAUUAUUCAAGGUGGUCACCCUUAUGUAUAUGAACGACAGGGCCAUUUCUUGAGCUGUUAA